AUGGUAAAUGCAAAUGAAUGGUUAAAUGAAAAAAUUCCAAAGGACCAAAGAGCACAGGCAGCUCAACUUCAUAUCUACAAAAAUUGUCAAAACGGUCAUACUACGUAUUCUAAUGGUUGUAAUUAUUGCAAUAAUAGAAACAAAAAUCCUCAUUCAGGCCCCCCAAAUUAUCAAUUCUACAAUACUACUUUGGAAGGAGAGUUAGAUCUUAAUGACUUUGUUAAUUUGCAGUACCUAUAUCUCCACGGUACUGGACAGGGUCAGAAACAGCAACAAAUGAUAACUAAUUUAAAGAUCGAUAAAUGCAAUAAGUUAAUUUAUCUACAAAUUUGGAAUACUCCUGCUUCCAAUAUAAAGGUUGGAGAAUAUAAACAACUAAUUGCCGAUUGUAAUAGGUUAAAAAGUCAAGUUGAAGAGUUAACUAGUGUUAUUCGAAAUAUUAAAGGUUCUAAUGUUGGUGAUUUAAAAUUAGCAGCUAAAAAAGUUGAAGAAAAAAAUUUAGAGAAUCAAGUAUCUGUUACUAAAAGUAAAUUGAAUGAAGAUUAUCAAUUGUGGGUGGAUCUUUUACUAGAUACUCAACAAGAAGUUUUACAAAAUGACAACGCUUUUGCUCGAAAACAAUUAGAGAAAGUUAAAAAGAGAUUAUCAAGUGUGCUUACCGCUGAGGAAAUUCAAGAAUUAUUAGGUAAAAUAGUGGAAAUUAAUGAAUUGGAAAUUCAACUAAAUAAUAUCAAAAUUCAAACCGGUGUGUUUUAG